UUCCCUCCUUCAACCAUUUAUGGACCUUUCCUCCUCCAUUCACUCUCCUACGUGCCUUCUGUUUUCUCUUGGUUCUUAACGAGCCCUCCAAUUUCAUACACCUUACGCUAUUUUCCUGUUUUUAUCCACAAACAACGACCUUUUCCCACCUUAACGAAAGAGAAAUAAGAAAUUAAACCCCACAAAGAACUCUGCACUUCCUUUCAAAGCUUUUUACAUGAUUCCCCCCUUUUGGGUCUACAAAAAAGGUGGAUUUUUGAACUUUUGUUUGAGAAUUUGAGCCGUUUUGUUCGUCACAGAGUCUGUGAUCCUCUUCUUCUUCCAAAACCCACGUGAAUUUCUGUUUCUGAUUUCAAAAAGUUUCUCUAUCUCUAGAGGGUUCUCUUCUUUUAGAUAAGGGUUGAAUGGAAGCGUGAUGCGAAGAGCCUAAAUUUUGAUAUCUAAUUGAGGGGAAUGGAGGACAUAUGGGGUGCGUUCUGUGGAGGGUAUGAUUGUUCUAGUGGUACAGACAGACCUUGUGGUUUUGACUAUGGAUUUCUUUCUCAUUCCUCUUCAUGUAUUACUCAAGCCUUGAUCAUUUCGUUUGAUUUUCUACUCUUGAUCUUGCUUGUUUCCAAUAUUGUGGGGAAGUCAAUGAAAAGAGUUCACAUGUCGAAUCGAAUUCGUGGCGGCUCGGGUUUGCUGAGUUUGUCUGCUAUCUUCAAUGGCUGUGUUGGAUUGGUGUAUCUUAGUUUAGGCAUUUGGAGUUUGGUGGAGAAGUUGAGGAAAGAUCACAGUGCUUUGCCUUUGCAGCUGUGGUUAUCAGCUUCCUUCCAUGGCUUCACAUGGUUGUUGGUGAGCUCUAUUAUUAGCUGCUGGAGUAAACAGCUUCCAAGACCCUUCUUGCGCUUAUUGUCCAUUGUGGCAUUCUUGUUUGCUGGGAUUAUUUGUAUCCUUUCACUUUUUGAUGCUGUUUCGAGCAAAAUGGCAUCAGCAAAGAUGGUGUUAGAUGUUCUAUCUGUUCUAGGAUCGGUUCUAUUAUUGUUUUGCUGUUUUGGAUGUUUUAGUCUCCAAGAUAGUGAGGAGAGCAUCAAUGGGAAUGGUCUUUACACCCCAUUAAAUGGUGAGGCCAAUGAAAGCGGUAAGCUUGAUCCUGUUACUCCAUUAGACAAAGCUGGAUUGUUGGGUAAAAUUUCGUUUUGGUGGAUGAAUCCUUUAAUGAAAAGAGGGAAGAAGAAGACUCUCAACUGUGAAGAUAUACCGAUGAUGCGCGAGGCGGAUCGAGCUGAAAGUUGUUACUUACAGUUCGUAAACCAAAUGAAUGAGCACAAAAGAAAAGAGCAAAGUUCCCAACCAUCAGUCCUCAAAGUCAUCCUUUCAUGCCAUCGGAGGGACAUAUUCUUGUCUGGAUUUUUCGCUUUGUUGAAGAUACUCUUCGUCUCUGCUGGUCCUCUGCUUCUUAAUGCCUUCAUUUUGGUCGCUCAGGGACAUCAAAGCUUCAAAUAUGAAGGUCUUGUGCUUGCCAUUUCACUUUUCUUCUCAAAAAGCAUCGAAUCCAUAUCACAAAGGCAAUGGUACUUCAGAGCCAGGCUUGUUGGUCUUAAAGUCAGGUCUUUGCUCUCAGCUGCCAUUUACAAGAAGCAAUUGCGUUUGUCCAAUGAAGCUAAGUUGAUGCACUCGAGUGGCGAAAUCAUGAACUACGUCACGGUCGACGCCUAUAGGAUCGGAGAAUUCUCAUUUUGGUUCCAUCAAACUUGGACCACGAGUGUUCAGCUCUGCAUUGCACUUCUGAUCCUCUACAAAGCAGUGGGAAUUGCAGCCAUUGCCUCCUUCAUCGUGAUAGUUCUAUGCGUAGUUGGCAAUACUCCAAUUGCCAAGCUACAACAUAAGUUUCAGAGUAAAUUAAUGGCAGCACAAGACGAGAGAUUGAAGACGUUCACUGAGGCUCUUGUAAACAUGAAAGUCUUGAAGUUAUAUGCUUGGGAAACCCAUUUCAAGAAUGUAAUUGAAAAGCUAAGAAAGGAAGAGCACAAGUGGUUGUCAGCCGUGCAGUAUCGAAAGGGAUAUAAUGGCAUUCUCUUUUGGUCAUCUCCUGUUAUUGUCUCUAUUGCAACCUUUGGAGCUUGUAGCUUUUUGAACAUACCGCUACAUGCCAAUAAUGUCUUCACCUUUGUGUCUGCAUUGCGUCUUGUUCAAGAACCUGUUAGAUCCAUGGGGGAUGUCAUUGCGGCGAUCAUUCAAGCACGGGUCUCAUUUACACGGAUUGUUAACUUCCUGGAGGCACCUGAGCUGCAAAGUUCAAGUGUUUGUAGAAAGCAAAUAAAGAUGAAUGAUGACUGCUCCAUUCGGAUCAGCUCAGCAUCUUUCUCAUGGGAAGAGAGUUCAAUGAAGCCUACUCUUCAUAACAUUAAUCUAGAGGUCAGGCCAGGUUCAAAGCUUGCAAUUUGUGGAGAAGUUGGCUCAGGGAAAUCAACUCUUCUAGCAGCCAUUCUUGGUGAAAUUCCAAAUGUUGAGGGAAAUAUUGAAGUUCAUGGAAGGAUUGCUUAUGUGUCUCAAUCAGCAUGGAUCCAAACAGGGUCCAUUCGAGAUAACAUUUUAUUCGGCUCUGAAAUGGAGAAUUGGAGAUAUCAAGAAACACUCGAGAAGUGUUCAUUGGUGAAGGAUCUUGAGUUACUCCCUUAUGGUGAUCUCACUGAGAUUGGUGAAAGAGGAGUAAAUCUCAGCGGUGGACAAAAGCAGAGGAUUCAACUCGCACGAGCACUGUAUCAAAAUGCCGAUAUAUAUCUUUUGGAUGAUCCGUUCAGUGCUGUUGAUGCUCAUACUGCCACAAGCUUGUUCAAUGGAUAUGUUGUGGAAGCUCUCUCGGGAAAAACAGUUCUUCUUGUGACUCAUCAAGUUGAUUUCCUGCCUGCUUUUGAUUCUGUCCUGCUGAUGUCCGACGGGGAAAUUCUAGAAGCGGGCCCUUACGAUCAGUUGUUGGCACAUAGCAAAGAAUUUCAGGACCUUGUCAAUGCACACAAAGAGACUGCUGGUACUGAAAGGCUUGCAGAUUUCUCUGCUAUCAAGAGCUUAAGAACAUCUUGUAAAGAGAUUAAGACAUCUUAUACAGAGAAGCUGUCUGUAGCAGCAUCUGAUGAUGCUAAUCAGUUAAUCAAGCAGGAGGAACGCGAAGUGGGGGACUCAGGAUUCAAGCCUUAUAUUCAGUAUCUGAAUCAGAACAAAGGGUUCUUAUUCUUUUCCUUGGAUGUUCUCUCCCAUUUAGCAUUUGUGGCAUGUGGGAUAACGCAAAACUCUUGGAUGGCUUCCAACAUUGACAGUCCCAAUGUCAGCAACACACGCUUGAUCGUAGUUUACUUGUUGAUUGGAGUUUCUUCAAUAUCAUUCUUGGUUGCUAGAUCAGUUUUAACAGCUCUUUUGGGAUUGCAAUCAUCAAAAUCAUUGUUUUCUCAGCUACUCACAUCUCUUUUUCGCUCGCCGAUGUCCUUCUAUGACUCCACACCUCUUGGAAGGAUACUCAGUCGGGUCUCAAUGGAUCUUAGCAUCGUUGAUCUUGAUGUCCCAUUUAGCUUAAUAUUUGCUGUGGGUGCGACCGCCAAUGCUUAUGCUGCUCUUGGAGUUUUAGCCGUCAUCACCUGGCAAGUUCUGUUCAUCUCCAUACCAACAAUCGUUUUGGCAAUUUGCUUGCAGAGAUACUAUUUCGCUUCUGCUAAAGAACUCAUGCGUCUUAAUGGAACAACGAAGUCAAUAGUAGCUAACCAUUUGUCGGAAUCCAUAGCUGGAGCAGUGACAAUUAGAGCUUUUGCAGAGGAAGAGCGAUUCUUUAAGAAAAAUCUUGAAUUUGUUGAUGGAAAUGCCAGUCCAUUUUUUCACAAUUUUUCAGCCAACGAGUGGCUGAUACAGCGGUUAGAGAUGCUCAGCGCAGUGGUUCUUGCCUCCGCUGCCUUUUGCAUAGUGUUGCUACCGACUGGAAGCUUCAGCCCUGGUUUCGUUGGAAUGGCACUCUCUUAUGGCCUUUCUUUGAAUGUAUCACUGGUCUUCUCCAUCCAGAAUCAAUGUAAUCUAGCCAAUCACAUCAUUUCUGUAGAGAGAUUAAACCAAUACAUGCAUUUAUCAAGUGAGGCUCCUGAAAUUAUCGAAGAAAACCGUCCCCCGACCAACUGGCCUUCUGUCGGAAAAGUGGAGAUAAUCGACUUGAAGAUUCGGUACAGACCCAAUUCGCCCCUUGUUCUUCAUGGUAUUAGCUGCACGUUUGAAGGAGGACAUAAGAUUGGGAUUGUUGGUCGAACUGGGAGUGGGAAAUCUACUCUUUUAAGUGCCAUAUUCCGCUUGGUUGAGCCAGCGGGAGGGAAGAUUUUAGUGGAUGGUAUCGAUAUCUGCUCGAUUGGACUUCAUGACCUGCGUUCACGCUUUGGAAUUAUACCUCAAGAUCCAACCCUCUUUAAAGGGACUGUUAGAUACAAUUUGGACCCCUUAGUUCAGCAUUCUGAUGAUGAAAUAUGGGAGGUUCUUGGAAAGUGUCAACUAAGAGAGGCUGUGGAAGAGAAAGAAGCGGGAUUGGAUUCCUUGGUUGUGGAAGAUGGCUCAAACUGGAGCAUGGGACAGCGCCAACUUUUCUGUUUGGGACGCGCACUGUUGAGGAGAAGUCGAAUACUAGUGCUUGACGAAGCAACUGCCUCGAUCGACAAUGCCACGGAUAUGAUUCUGCAGAAAACUAUUCGAUCCGAGUUCGCAGACUGUACUGUGAUUACAGUUGCUCAUAGAAUACCAACUGUUAUGGAUUGCACAAUGGUGCUUGCUAUCAGUGAUGGGAGAAUAGCAGAAUAUGAGGAACCGAGCACAUUGAUCAAGAGAGAAGGGUCUCUAUUUGGACAGCUUGUGAAAGAGUACUGGUCUCACUCACCAUCUGCAGAAUGAACUUGAACCUAUUUGUUCUUUUGCUUUCUGACGAGAAAUUCAAUAAUGGGGAAUGGAUCUUGAAGCUAUUUGUUGUGAUGCAAUCUGCUUCAUUCAGAAAUGGCCAUUUCCCCAUCAGAGAAGCUUUAUUAAUCUGUAAUAACCACAUUUUGCUAGGGAAAGAUAUGUUCUGAUCCAACCCAUUUCCUAAGCAAUUAGUUUCGUUAGGGAUUCAAGAGUUUGUAAAGUAUCUUCCCAAAUUCCAUUCUCAAACUGCAUUAAUGUUCAUCAGUACCAGUAAAUUUUGUGGGGAGAAGAAUAUGUGUUCUAUCAAUUUUAUUCCCCUGUUCAUCAAAGCAGUACAGCAUUGAAAGGUAGAGUGUAGUGAACAAAAAGUGGAUUUCAUUGCUACCAAUUGUGGAAUGG